AUGGAAGGUACUCAAGCUGGAGGUACUACCUCCACGGGCAAUUCAAGCGACUUUGUCCGAAAGCUUUAUAAAAUGCUCGAAGAUCCUUCUUAUGCGCAGAUCGUAAGAUGGGGUGACGAUAGAGAUAGUUUCGUUGUUUUGGAGUGUGAAAAAUUCACGAAAUCGAUACUCCCGAAGCAUUUCAAACACAGCAAUUUUGCGAGUUUCGUGCGGCAGCUUAAUAAAUACGACUUCCACAAGGUUCGCCAAAAUAAUGAGGAGACUGGACAAUCGCCCUAUGGCCCUGGCGCCUGGGAGUUCAAGCAUCCAGAGUUCAAAGCAGAUAACAAGGAUUCGUUAGACAAUAUCAGAAGAAAGGCCCCUGCUCCACGAAAGCCAGCCCAGUCUGCCGAGGACUCCUUACCCACGCAUCAGCUCGAUCUGAUGAACCAGCAGCUCGGCGCCCAGCAGCAACAAUUCCAGCAUCUCGCUGAUCGUUUCGGGCAGUUCUCUGUUGAUCAGCAGAUUAUGAUGCAGGAGAUUCGCAGGGUCCAGAAGACUAUUUUGAGCCAUGAACAAAUCAUCCAUUAUAUGAUGAAUUUUUUGCAAUCCGUGGAUGUGCGACAGAGAAGGGAGAAUCGUGCGGCAGCGGCCGCUUUCCAAGGGCAGCCUGGAAGUUCUGAUCUAAGCCCUGCCCAAGCCCAGAGUGAUGAACCAGCGUCUCCUCUGCAGCGUGCCAUGAAAAUCUUGAGCGAGAUGAAUUCCGAGAUUCAAUUUAAUAUGAACAGUUUAGAAUCCAUGGGCGAUAUGCAAAACAGGCUCCCUGGAGCCGUUCCAACUCCACCACUGGAUCAGACUCAGCGAAAUGGGGCCGCACGACCGCCCACUUCGACUGGCCCCGGCGCGACCAUGGCAUUCCCAAGGCUCAACGGUGAUCUCGAACAGGUUGUCUAUCCAGUUGGCGUUACUAACGGCAUCGAUCCAAUAUAUGGAGACCAAAUGAACAAUAUACCAUACCCUAUUCCCUCAAAGGACGACCAAUCUGAUCCAAGGCGUCAGUUUUCGGAUAGGAAGAAGAGUACAGGUAAUAAUCGGUGGAAAGUUCCUUUAUUCCUUUUCUUCGAUGGUUUGGAGGCUGUCAACAAAAUUCAGACGGGGUCGAAAUAUGACCUUAUCCUCAUGGACAUCAUCAUGCCGAAUCUCGAUGGAGUAUCCGCAUGCAGUGUAAUUCGAAGGUUCGACGCAACACCAAUUAUCGCGAUGACUUCGAAUAUUCGCAGCAGCGAUAUCGACCUAUAUUUCCAGAAUGGAAUGAAUGAUGUUUUGCCGAAACCCUUUACUCGACAAAGCCUCCUCAACAUGUUAGAGAAACAUUUGGUCCACUUGAAAAGUAUCCCGAGUGGCAUUGACGCGACGCAAUCUGCCCCUGCUUCGGCGAUACCUCAAAAUUCCGCAACCCAAUCUGUUAAAGAAGAAACAACCCCAGGUCAAUCACCAGGCGCGUCGAUAGGUAACUGGCAAUCACCAGCGCAGUUCCCAGGAGUGUCGCCCAUCAAUGUGACGAUACCAAACCAAUUCAUCCCACAACAGGCAGGCCCUCCAGCAGGCCCUUUCACCAUGGACCAAAACGGCAGUAUACAAUAUUCUGCGAAUCAAAUGGGACAGAUGAACACAGCAGCUGCCCCGCGGGCCUCGCACCGUCGACAAGUGUCGGAUAUGUCUAGUGGAGCUGACGCCCACAACCUCGCCAAGAGACAAAGGAUGUUUGCCAACAACGCGGUUGUAAAUCCAAUGCAAACCAGUCGAAUGCCCUGA